GUAGUACUAGCUCAAGCCAAACCAGUCGCUUAGGUUAGAUCAGGCAACAUUAUUAGCUACUUGUCUAAUUGAUGACAAACUAACUUCACCAUCAUUUCAUUAUAAAUAGAGGUUGAUCUUACGCUCAUUAUUUCUCCACACCACAAAUCUAAGUAGUAAGUCAUGGCUAAGUUUUGUACCACCAUUACCCUUAUUUUGGUUGCUCUUGUUCUCUUUGCUGAUUUUGAAGCACCGACAAUUGUGAAAGCAGAGCUUUGCAAAAGGGAAAGUGAGACAUGGUCAGGACGUUGUGUAAACGAUUAUCAGUGCAGAGAUCAUUGCAUUAACAAUGAUAGAGGAAAUGAUGGAUAUUGCGCUGGUGGCUACCCAUGGUACAGAUCAUGUUUCUGUUUCUUCUCUUGCUAAAUAUACCAAAAGUGUUUAUUUUACAUAAAAUAAGUCUGCGUCACUCUAUGGGUGACCUUAUGACAUUCAUGUAUGUUUCAAUGGUUGGUUAAUAUUAUAAUAUAAGAGUAUAUAAUAUACUUCUUCCA